AAAUGGAGUCUAGAAAAAUACUAAUUCUGUACGGUUCAGAGACUGGCUGUGCCCAGGAUACUGCCGAAAGAAUUGGUCGUCAGGCUCGACGUCGACACUUCAAAACUCGAGUAAUCGCUAUGGAUGAAUACGAGCGGGCCCAAUUAGUAGAAGAACAACUUGUCAUAUUUGUGUGCUCUACAACUGGACAAGGCGAUGAACCGACCAAUAUGAAGCGAUUUUGGAAGUUUCUUCUCCGUAAGAAUCUGCCACCAAACAUUCUCAGUCAGAUGGAGUAUACAGUUUUUGGAUUAGGUGAUUCCUCCUAUCAAAAGUUCAAUUAUCCAGCUAAAAAGUUGUACAAGCGCUUGUCACAGCUUGGUGCCGUCAGUAUACACCCUCGAGGGGAUGGUGACGAUCAGCAUUAUCUUGGUUUGGAUGGUGGACUCGAUCCAUGGCUUGACGAACUAUGGCCAAAAAUCAUGGCGAAAUACCCUUUACCUCCCGGAAUGCAAAUUAUACCUGCCGAUAAUACGCCUCCUCCUAGUUUCCAUUUAGAGUUUGUCAAAGAUGCUUUUUCAAAUGGCGUAUCAACGACCAAACAAUCCGAUCUACGCCAUGAAGGCGAAUUCGAAGUCAUUGUGCAAAAGAACGAGCGAAUUACGGCAGACGAUCACUUUCAGGAUGUCCGACACAUUGAACUCAAAAUUCAAAAUGACGAUAACGAGGCCUUGUAUGCACCUGGAGAUAUAGCUGUCAUACGACCAAAAAAUUUACCUAAUGAAGUUGAUGCUUUUCUUGAAUAUAUGAAUUGGUCAGACCUUGCAGAUGAGCAAAUUAUCGUCAGACCAACCUCUGAAGACCGUCGUGUUCCAUCGCACUGGCCACAUCUUAUGACGUUUAGAGAGUUAUUUGUGUCCUGCCUGGAUAUCUUUAGCGUUCCGCGCCGAUCGUUCUUCGAAAUGCUCGCGUUCUUUACUGAAGAUGAAAACCAGACUGAAAAGCUUCGAGAGUUUUCCUCACCAGAAGGACAGGAUGACAUGUAUGCAUAUUGCCAACGCCCUAGACGGACGGUAGCCGAGGUCCUGUUUGACUUCCAAUCUGCGAAGAUUAAACUAGACUAUAUCUUGGAUUUAUUUCCUAUGAUGCAACCAAGAUCAUUUUCAAUAGCAUCUGAUCCAAAGACUCAUCCAGGUGAAAUUCAUUUAUGCAUUGCUAUUGUAAAGUAUAAGACGAAGUUGAAGAAAAUACGCCGGGGAGUGUGCUCCAAAUGGAUAUCUCAACUGCAGGAAGGCGAUUCCAUUCCAUCAGUACAUAUCACCAGAGGUACAAUGCAGCUACCAAAGGAUCCAAAUGUUCCAUUGAUUAUGAUUGGCCCAGGCACCGGUAUUGCACCUAUGAGAUCGUUCUUGGAAGAUCGCAUAUAUCACAACUCUACAGAAAACACUCUGUUCGUAGGUUGCAGAUAUGAGCAUAAAGACUAUUACUACAGAGAGCAAUGGGAAGGUUAUGUGAACAAGCAUCAACUCGAACUGCAUACGGCAUUUUCUCGGGAUCAAGAUUCCAAGAUCUAUGUUCAAGACCUCAUUCGCCAGCAAGCACCUGCGCUUUGGCGCUUGAUCGACGAAAAGAAAUCGAAAGUUCUUCUUUCAGGUUCAUCGAACAAAAUGCCAGAACAAGUUGCGUUUGCCUUCAAGGAGCUUUUCAUGGAACAAGGCGGUUUGGAUGCAGAGCAAGCUGAGUUAUACUUUUCACGAAUGGAAAAAUCCGGCCAAUUCCAACAAGAAUGCUGGGCUUGAUGCCAAAGCAUUGCCAUAGAACGUUUGGUUAUUUAGAUUUUCAAUAAAUUAGAACAUUUCGUGUAUUGUAAACCCAAUACUUUUCGCAAAAGUCUGCGUGAUGCGCUUUACCAAAGAAAUACAAUACAUUCUAGCUACAAUACAAUGUGGGGAAGGGAAUAGAUGCCACUCUUCAUCUUGGGGGUUUCAGCCAGUUGAUG